GGUAUACUUAUUUCAUAUUUGUGCUGGGAUUUGUUUAGUUAAUUUUAGUUAUGUUGUUAUAGACUUACUUAUUUAAGGCUUUAUUUUAUAGCGCUCGACAAAGGAAACAAAUGAGGAACCAAAAAGGUUUGAAAUGUUCCUUGCUACUCGAACAAGUCGGAAAAGGAAGGAAGUUGAUCAGGAAACACAAGAUGCAAUUGAUGAAUUCCAAAACCGGCAAGCUGCUGGUGAAACAGAUGAGGAAGCUUUUGAGUCUUUAUUUGGAAAAGAACAACCAGGUCGGGUUAGGUGCUAUGGAAGAUCUAUUACACGACGUGACUUAAAAAAGCAUGCAGAAAUUUCUGAACUCAAGCAACAACACCAGGAGGAAGUCACAUCUUUGAAGGCUGAACUUGGAGACAUGAAGGCCAAACAGCAGCACCAAGAGGCUGACCUUCAUGGAUUGCGAAACAUGAUUAAGUAG